UUAUCUGAUUGGCUGGAGCAUUUCAGCUGGCGUGGACGACGUUUCAGGUUGACGUAAAUGCAUGUCUAGCUAACUAGUGUUUCGUUUUUUUUGUCCUUAUCACAGUUUGUUGCGACAUCAUUUCAAUCGAUGAAAGUUUUUAUUUACUGUUAGUUACCUUUUCAAAAUGUCCUCUGUUGAAGAUGGUGAAUGUAGUCGCGGCUUGUAUCAACUCAACAAAUUCGAGAAACUAUCGGGGAGGCCUCCCAUCAGAGACUCAGGCUCUAAGAAGAGAGUAAGAUGGCUUCAGGCUCGGCGGAUCUUCUCCCCUUCGUGCCCCAACUUCCGCAUCCCUAAUAGGUUUCUGAGAGAAGGUCACUGUGCCCCCCCAGCCCGCAGCGGGCACCGGUGUGUGGCCGACAGUGCCAACCUGUAUGUGUUUGGAGGAUACAACCCUGACUUUGAGGAGGCAGGUGGCUCGGAGAACGAGGACUACCCUCUUUUCAGGGAGCUGUGGAGGUUUCACUUCGCCACGGCUACCUGGCAACAGGUCCACACAGAGGGCUACAUGCCCACCGAGCUGGCUUCCAUGUCAGCUGUCUUACACGGAAACAAUCUAUUGGUGUUCGGGGGCACUGGGAUUCCUUUUGGAGAAAGCAACGGGAACGACGUCCAUGUCUGCAAUGUUCACUACAAACGCUGGAAACUGCUCAACUGCCGAGGGAAGAAACCCAACCGAAUCUACGGGCAGGCCAUGGCCAUCAUUAAUGGCUAUCUGUAUGUGUUUGGAGGGACGACAGGCUACGUUUACAGCACAGACCUACACAGGCUGGACCUGACUACCAGGGAGUGGACCCACCUCAAGCCCAACAACCCCCCUACAGACCUGCCAGAGGAAAGGUACAGACAUGAGGUGGCCCAUGAUGGACAGAGAAUAUACAUCCUAGGAGGCGGGACUUCCUGGACAUCAUAUCCCCUAGACAAAAUACACGCCUACAACCUAGAGACUAACUCUUGGGAGGAGAUUAUCACGAAACCUCAUGAAAAAAUAGGGUAUCCUGCAGCACGACGGUGUCACAGUUGUGUCCAGGUCAGGCAGGAGGUGUUUCUAUGUGGGGGUUACAAUGGGGAGCUGAUCCUAGCUGACCUGUGGAAGAUCAAUCUGCAGACCUUCCAGUGGACCAAGCUACCCACCGUCAUGCCUGAGCCUGCUUACUUCCACUGUGCUGCAGUCACACCGGCUGGCUGUAUGUAUGUGCAUGGUGGAGUGGUGAACAUGUCAGAGAACAGGAGGACUGGGUCUCUGUACAAGGUGUGGCUAGUGGUGCCCAGCCUGCUGGAGCUGACCUGGGAGAGGCUGCUCAAGGCCUUCCCUCGCCUGGCCCAGCUCUCCUCCCUGCAGCUACUCAGCCUGGGCCUCACACACACCCUCAUCCAACGCCUCAAGUAGACUACCAGGCCCUCACGGCUGACGUGGGAACAGGUCAAAGCAAGGACAGCGGUGAAGGCCAACGGAUUGUGGAUGGAACUGAGUUGACUCCCUUUCCUGCCACCACUGAGCAACGGAACAAUGAACAGGUGUGUUGGCAUGUCUGGGAAUGGACUGAGGGAAGAGAACUGAUGUACAUUGUGGACAUAACGUCAGGUCAUCCUCAAAAACAAACAUUGGAUGCCUUUUUAAAAAAUAAAGGUUUUAAUGUGUGCACUUUGACUGAGUUUGAAAUCCCAAGUGGAAUGUUUGAGAUUUGUUGGAGUCCCUGGGACCUGGUGUAUUUCAGGGUUUGUUUGCCUUCAUAUUUCAUUAGCUUAACUAGGAGACAGUGGAGUUUUAGUAGAAAUUGGAGUUCACUGAAUGCUACUUAUUUCAUCCUUUUAUAUGUUUGCAUGCAGCUGACCACACUAAUCAUACCCGUUAUCUUGAGUAUUGUUUCAAGGCACUCCAAAGGGCUCUACAGUCUACGCAAAAGAUCUGCAACGUAGCCGAUGGAGGUUAGUUUGCUUAGCUCUAUACGUAGUUCUAGGUAUUUUUUUUUAUUAUUUUUUUGUGCGGCUGAAUUUCUGGAACGCGACGCAAACGUAGCUCCAUAGACUGAAAACCACUAUGGAGAGCCCUCAUCUCUACUCAUUAUUCCCCCCACCCCCCCCACCACACACAUGCUGUUCAAAAGGAAAAUCAGUGGUGGAUUAUUUCCUUAAUGCCUAAAGGGACAUAUAUUUUUUUGGAAAUAGUCUCUUUUGAUACUGUGAUGUAUAGGUUCCUGAGGGAGACAGACCGGGUACAUGAUGCUGAUAGACAUGGUGUCUUGUUGUUUUCUGUAAGGAAGCCCACUGGUAAAGAAGAAGCAGCUGCUAUGUCCGCUGACCGGUCUAAGAUGAAUAGCUCUCAUUUAGCAGGCUGGUGGGGCAAGGCAUUGAUUUAGGACAGACAUGGCAAAUCUUGUUCUGUAUAGUUCACCUCUUGAGCCAGUGUGACUAUGUCAGCCCCCUGUGACAGCACUGUGACUCUCUAGAGCCUGAGUCUUACAACUUCUGGUCUUAGACACACUGAUCACACGCACAGAGGGAGCUGUGUGAAACUGUACUGUAGCUACAAAGUGAAAACAAGAGCAUGCCAUUUAUUUCAUUUAGUGCCUUUUUCAGAUCAUUUUUUUCCAGUGUCACAACUGUAUUUUAACUUUACUCCUAGUCACUGAAAAUAUGGAAAUGUCCAUAUCGCCCUCCACCAGUCUCUGUUCCCCCAUGCUUUACUAAUGAGUCCUCCUUCCUCCUAUUCUGUUUACUGACCUUUGGUCAAACCAUUCUGUCCAUUACAGUUCUCUUUUUGUUUGGGUUUCUGAAUGUCGAUCACGCACAGUGAACCCUUAACUUGUGAAUUUGGUUGGACAGACUCAUUUGGUAUGGUGCUGCCCAAUAUGGUGACCGGAGAGUGGGUGUGUCGAAAGGAGUGGGUGUAUGGAAAGCGAAUCGGCUAAUUGGGCAGAUUUGUUGCCACUCGACCGUUUUGCAUGUCAGCUUAAGCCAGUGCGAAUGACUCGUGCACCUGGUGUUGUAUUGCUCCAGCACUACACGGCUGACUCAAAUAACCAAAUCAUCAUUUGUUGAUUUAUUUGAAUCAGCUGAGUAGCGCUGGGGCAAAACCUCUUGGGGUCCCCAGGAAACUCUGGUGUAACCUAUAGCAGAGCACUACUUUCCUUUCCACACGCCCACUACUAUUCUUUAGACAUGCCCACUCACCCAUACUCUGGGCGUCAUAUUGGGCUGCAGCUACCCCCUUCUGCAUUUAUCCUAUUUGUGCUUUUAAAGAUGUGCACCAGUGUCUUCAGGUCGUUUUAACAUUAAACCAAACUGGACAUGUGUCUGGUGGAAAAACCAAUGAAAUCACAACUCUGCCUUUUUAACUUUUCAACAAUGUUGGGUUUAAUCUCUUUAAUAUCCCACACAUUUUCCCUGUCAGACUGUAACUCACCUGGCACCUCUGGUCCUCUUUGUUUAUCCUGUAGUUUCUACACAGAACAUAGGUGCUCAGUCUGAAAUCAAUGCCAAUCCUCUAGCACCCUGGCUACUACUUGUAGAUCUGGAAGACUAGGUUUGGCUUCUGACAUGUUUCUUACACCCACUCAAAUCUUUUAGGAUCAUGAGAAGUAUCAAGGGAUAGUGCCUAAGGGUUUAUUUUGGACUGGGAAAUUUGCCUUUGCUAUAACUAUACUUUUUGGGAAACUGGGCUUCUGUAUGGGACACUGCAUCCAGUGGUCUGUAUUGUUUUGUUGGUAAUCUAUGGAAGUAAAAGAUAUUGGAACUCCUCCAUGUCAACCUGUGAAUGUAGUCCCUUUACACAUGCUGUACUGAUGUGGAUGGACUAACUGAACCUGACUCUGCACAAUUUAAAGGCAAUCAUGAUGACGCUGUCAUGACUCCACUAGGUUUUUUAAUUUCAUUGUUUUAAUAAAUGUACUGUAAGCACUUUUUUUUAAA